CAUAUUUAAAUAUAAAUUGUAUUUUUUCUCUUGAGGGAUUAUAAUCACUAUAUUUUAUAUUUAAGUAUAAAUUGUAUUUUCUCUUGUGGGAUUAUGAUCAGUAUAGCAAAAAUUCAGGACAAGAUACCAGUAAGCAUGAACGUCAACACUGAUUCGCCCGCAUACAUACUCAAUUCCAGCAGAUGGCGCUCUGACAAAUCAGUAACCAAAGGAUGAUCGGAAGUAAAUGCAGUAUCUGCUUCCGACAUGGAAGUACUUGCAUGGCAUGUAACCUACGAAGUUUAAACAACAACGUGACUUGUUUUUCAUGUUUUACAAACAUUGCCGUAUUAGACGUUUAGAGAACAAAGUUUUGGGAAAAGACAUGUCUGAAUUUAUAAUGAACGACGAGCUAACUGACUAAUGCUAGCAGUCUUAACCCAUUUUGCUCCCUCAACUCAUAUCAAGAACGUUUAUUGUAAUACCUCGAACUAAAAGUAUAUGUGCAAUAGCGGGUUUUUUUAUGUCCUGGACAGUUAACCAUCAUGUUAACUUACUUCGUGACAAAGGUCCGACUUAGGCGUGCAUUGAAAUGUCAAUCAGCAAAUAUUUGGCGACACACAAGAGGACACAGCACUCUACCAACGAAUCAAGAUUCGGACCAAGUCAGGACUUUGCUGCAACUUUUUGUGGACAGACACUUCAUUUCUCCUGGUGAGAUCAACGUGGAACUAUUCAAGCGUGGGACGAGCUGCUGCUACGGACCACUGGGCCUGAAGCUUAGGAGGAAUGUGCUGCACCAGUGGUGGUCUUCGAUGACCGGAUCCAGGGCUCAGGUGUUCGGGAUAAACACUCCGAGUAGCAGUGGGUAUGCAGUGAUGGACGGAUGGGGACACCUGAGAAUUACAGAGCCUGAUGACAUCAAGAACAUACUGAAUCAGAAAGAGCUGAGCAAGGAGCAGCUCAUCCACAGUGUCCACAUGUGUCUGCAGAACUCAGCACUGCUGAGGACAAACGUAUUUCAAGGUGCUUUGGAACACUUUGUCCCUUCGUUUGAGCUGGUGAACAGGAAGCUCCCUUUUGGCCUAGCAGAGACUGGUCGGUGUUUCCAGCGCUCAAAAGAUGGCUCUGCUGAAGUCACUCAAGCAUCUCUUGUCUGGUUCUGCUCCGCUCGGACCUCCUCACAAUGGUUGGACCACUGGGCUCGACAGAGGCUCAAAUGGUGGAGAAAAUUUGCCAUUGCUCCAUCAGACUUCAGCAGCAGUGACGUCCCGCAGGAGGAACUGGAAGGGCCGGCGUCUCGAGGCAUAAAGAUCUUCUACAACUUCCCAUGGGGUCAGGAGCUCCUGGAGGUGCUGUGGAGCCGGGGAGACUGUGAGUUGCUUCACAUCCACAAAGGAAUGCGCUCCAAACUCCAGUUUCCACAGAGUCGAAAUGGGCGCAAGUCAGUUCCUCAUGUGGUUUCUAUAACGGGGAACAUUGACCGUGGUUUGUUGGCCUUGUUGUCCAACUCUCUCCUGCUGCACAAGAAAGAAGAUGCAAAGCAGCAGCUGCAGCAGAGGAAGGUGCUGAAGUUGCAUCCAUUGUUGGCGCCAGUCAAAGUGGCUUUAGGUAUUGGCAGGGGCGCCACAACGGAACUGAGGCAGGUUUGCGAAGGCCUGCUGCAGGAGUUGAAGGAAGCAAAGAUUUCAGUCUGGCCUGGAUAUCUUGAAACAACGUCAACGCCAAUGGAGCAGCUAAACUCCAAGUAUGAUGAGAUGGGCGUGCUUUUCACUGCCGUCAUCAGCGACAACACGCUAGAAAGCGGCCUCCUGCAGGUGCGCAGCAGAGACACUGCCAUCAAAGAGACUAUGCAUAUCUCGGACAUAAAGAACUUCCUCUGCAGAUACAUUUCUGCUGCAGACAACAUGUAAAUGAUGUGUUUGGUGAUGUGAUAUACAGCCUCAGCUUUGAAUUGUUUUAGGUACAGAACCCUAUCCACAUUAACAGUAUAUACAGUCGUCCCUUGCAGUAUCGCGGUUCGCUUAUUAUUCCCUCACUAUAUUGCUUUUUUUUCCAGAAAUUAAUGAAUAAAUGGUCUAUCGUUAGUCAAAACAUAUUUAAAUACAAGUGAUAUGAAUUAUUCUGGUCACUUGGCAGCAGUAUUGAUACAACAUAGUGAGACAUUACCUUACAUUACAUUCCGUGACACUGCAUGAAGUUAGCCAUGGCACGUCUGACGUGAUAGAGUGAAAAAUGUUCUCCUCCAUUCCGUGUGGAAGUGGUAAGUGAUUUGAUGUCAUAUAUUUAGUCAUUCAGACCCAUCCAUCCAUUUUCUAUGCCGCUUUUCCUCACUAGGGUCGCUGGGAUAGCUAGAGCCUAUCCCAGCUGACUUCAGGCGAGAGGGGCUGGGCACACACUGGAGUGGUCGGUCAUUCAGACCAUUCUUGCUUAUUGUUUCAUGGUACGUUAUCAAAGAAGUGCCAUGUUGAAUUAUCAAGAAGACAACCUGCAUUAAGUAACUAGAUUGGUCGUUGUCAAACUAUUUAUAAUGAAUGGGGCUGUCAACUCGGCAAAAACUUCUGUAGUAUGCCCUGUGCGGGUGUGGCCGCCAUGAUGGUGAGCAUGUCCUUUGCACACUGCUAAGUCGUUUAUUGCUGUGAUACGCAGUCCACAAGACUAGAUUUGUCAUUUUUCAAGUUCCCCAAAAACAAAGAUAGGUAUGUGUAUUUAAAAUGUAGAUUUAUAACACUGGUUGUUUUAAAUAAACAGAAUAGUUGACAAGACUCACUAAGUGUAUAUUAUGUGGGACUCCCACACUAUAGCUUAAAGCUAAUUUGUUUCUGGUGAUUAGUUUAAUGACAAGUCAGUGGUGAUGAUGGCUUCCACUUAAUUAUCCAUAUAAUUAUGGUCUUGCUAUUAUUUUGUAUGGUGAUUAUUAAAUAUAUGCACAAUUCUGUUCAGUAAAUAAUUCAUUUAAUCAAAGUGUACACAGCACAUAACUUUAUUUUACACUCAUACAUGCAACACUGUUGUGGACAUAGCCCCGCCCACCUCUCUUGCUUGCCAUCAUGGCGGACUUUCGGCUCCAUGCAGAGUUCAGUGGCUCCAUGGCGUACUCCACUCUGUUCCAUUCAUUUGCGGCAGAUUCGACACACCUAUUCAUUUUGCGUCCUUGAUUUACACCAAGUAUCGUCUCAAAUAACCUUUGCAAGUACCUUCUACCUCUUGCCAUCACCUUGCCUUUUCCGCAUCUAUGAUAUCUGGCUUGCACUGGCAGGUAAUUGGAUGUUGUGUGUGAGGGGAGUUAAACAUGAAUAAUUCAGUCGAAAAAUAACGAAUUAAAUUUCAAUUAAUCUUUGAUUUCGUAUUAUUUCAUAGUUAUUUAAUGUUCUGUAUGGCAUUUUGAAUGUAAUUUUAGUUUGUUUUGUUUAAAUUGGUGUUCUGCGUGCCUCAAGAUAGAACCUGCGUACCACCUGUGGUCAUCUUACCACAUUUUUUUUAGUAGGCUGCAUUGUACUGCUUUGCUUAGUAAUUAACGCAAAGGGGCGUUCACAGGCGCUUCGGCUGCUUGAGCAGGAAGCUGCUCUUUAUUUGGGCAGGCAAUUGUCAGGACAGACCUUGGAGUGAGCAUGGCACACAAUAGGAAUUAAAUGGAGGUUACGACAAAGAACACCAUGGCCAUGUUGUCAGACAAAGACCAACAAAUACAAAGACCCAGGGCAGUUACUAAUACUACGGGGAAUGACAACAACUUACACGUAAUAUUUACAACUAUUUACAAAGCUGUCCAGCAAAGCAUGUUGUGCAGCAGGAAGUUCUCCCAGCGACGCUACAAUAUAAAAGUGGCCAAGAAAGUGCCAUAUAUGCUCUCAUAAAAUGAAAAAAAAUUGAGACACAUAUAGUCUUGAAAAGCGGACAAAAGUGACACGUCGUGUUGAAAUUAAUCUGACCGACGAAGGCAGGUCUCGCGAAGAUUUGCUCACACUCUUACCCCGCCAUCAUUGGUCCAUUGAUUGGUCCGUUCUUAUUAAUUUCACUAGGUAUGACAGAGAAAGAAAUAAUAUAAAGAGGAAAAUCGUAGACAUGGGAGAGACUUUCAGCAUAAAAGACAUCCUAAGUACUAAAUCAUCAAGGCAUAAGGUCAUAAAAUAUCUGUUAGAAAUUUUUAAAGGCACCAAACCAAGAUAAUAGAGCAUAUUCUAUUGUUAUUUGUGUCUCUCCUUAAAACAUAUAAAUGUUAUCUGUAUUGAUACACUCCUGUAACGACCAGCUGAAAAAUUUCAAGAAUUUACAAUUUGCACUGUUGGAUUUUAGAGAUGUUCGAAGUAGAGCUUCAAAAUGCAAAAAGAAGACAUGGGAGUGAGACGAAAAAAAAAUUGAAUGAGCAAUUUAUUGCAAACAAUCAUAAAUCUGAAAUUGGCUGUUCAUCAGCUGAUCAAAAGUUUAAGACCACAGCAUUUAAAAGCCAAAAUAUUUGCAAAAAUGUGGAUUCAGUGUCAUUUUCUGUUAGGUAUUCACUUAUUGUUGAGCUGCAUAAGCAAGGCCUCUCGCAGCGCGCCAUUGCUGCAUAAAACAUUUCAAAUAUCUUAAAAGAUCCUAAGGGUUAUGGAACACCAAAGUCAAGUAGUAGCCAAAGUCAAGUGGCCGGUGACAAAAAAUGUCACCGGCCCUGAGCCGGAAGAUCCGAUUGGCUGUGGGUCAAGACACGGGAUGAUCCUCGGGGCGCAAAUGAAGGUUGCUUGUGCCGAAUGCAGUCCAUCAGACGCCAUCUGCGUUAGAAGGGUUAAAAAAAAAAAGUCUUCAAAGGUCUCGUCUCUGUCAACGCCACAAAAUUGACCGUUUGGAAUUUGCACAAAAGCACCAAACGUGGGACAUUGAAAGGUGGAGGAAAGCUUUUUUCUCUGAUGAGAGAAAAUAUAACCUUGACAAUUCUGAUGGCUUCCAACCUUACUAUCAUGACAAGGAGAUCCCACCUGUGAUGUUUCCCACACGACAAAGUGGAGGGGGCGCCAUCAUCAUCUGGGGUGCUUUUUUUUCCUUCAAUGGAACAACGGAGCUCCAGGUUGUGAGCAGCGUCAAACGGCAACUGGCUAUGUGGAGAUGUUGCACGGGGCAUCCCUCAUGACUGAAGGCUCUCGUCUGUGUGUAAUGACUGGGUUUUUCAACAUCACAACGCUGCAAUUCACAAUGCCUGCCUGACAACAGACUUCUUCCAGAGGAAUAACCUCACUCUUUUGGACCAUCUUGCUUGUUCUCGUAAUCUAAAUCCAAUUAAAAAAACAUUUGGGGAUGGAUGGCAAGGGGAAAAAAUGGCCUAUUUCAGUUUAAUGGUUGUUUGCAAUAAAUUGCCUUCUCUAAAAUUUUUUGUCUCACUCCCAUUUCUUCUUUUUGCAUUUGGAAGCUCUAGUUAGCACCUCCUUAAAAUCUAACAGUGCCAAAUGUAAAUUAUGGCAAUUUUUCUUAAAAUUUUGAU